AUGCUGCAGCACUGCAGAGUCCUGUGUCCCCCCACGUCCUGGCCCACGUGCCAGGGUGGCAUCACGGCACAGCCCUGGGCUGCUCCCAGCACGGCACUGCCAGGCUCCACACCAGAGCGUCCCUGCCCUGGGAAUGCUGUGCCAAGCAGCUGCACGGGCACCAAGAGCUCCACAUCCCAGUUCUGGGGAGUUCAUGGCUCAUGGCAGCUCCUGGAAGAGAGCAAAAAACUCUUUCCAGCCCUGGCAUCACCCUGGGAUGGGCAGAGCUGCCCAAAGGGCGGAGGGGAGCUGGGUCAGGGGAUGAAGGAAGAAGCCCAUCUCCCACCUUUCCCUCUCCCCCUCACACCUCUGCCCCUGCUCCCAGCUUUCUCUACAGCGUUCCAGCAGCUUCAAGGACUUCAGCAAGUCCAAGGUCAGCUCCCCCGUGUCAAGCGAGGAGUUCAACCUGGAGGAGAAUGUGAGUUCCCAGCACCCCCGGGGCAGCAGCACCCCCUGACACAUCCUGCUCCCCCGGGAACAGCCCAUUUCAGGGCUGGUUUCCCAAAAUUCCUGCUCUCACCAGGGGCCCACGUGUCACGGAGCAGCCCCAGGGUGCCAGCGCUGGUGGGAUUUGGGAUCUCACAGCCCUGUAUGACCCUGCCGAGGCUUGCCCAGGGUGGGGGGCUCUGCCUUCACUCUCCAUCCCUCUGGCAGAUCCCUGAGGAUGAUCCCAGCAGUGGCAGUCCGGAGGAGGCCGUGCGGAGCAGCGGGACGAAGCUGGGAAGGAAGUGGCGGGCGGUCAUUUCCCGCACCAUGAACCGCAAGAUGGGCAGGGCGGCUGUGAGAGCGCUGGCCGAGGGGAAGCAGGGAGAGGUGGAGGAGGAGGGGUCCCCGUGCCCCCUGUCCCCAGCCAGCAGUGUGGAGGAGCAGAGCCAGGACAAGGUGCCCCUGUCGUCCCUGGAGCAGGAUGAGGAGGAGGAUGGGCACCCAGCCCUUGGACGCCAGAUGUCCAGCGGUGAGGCCGGCCCCCACGGGACAGUGGCCCCACGUCCCCAGCCGGGCACCCCUGACCCCCUCCUGUCUGCAGGCAGCGACAUUGCCAGCCCUGGCGAUGCCGGGGACAGCCGGCAGCUGGAGGAGGCCGUCCCAGCCUACACCGGCCCCUUCUGUGGCCGGGCCCGCGUCCACACCGACUUCACCCCCAGCCCCUAUGACAAGGACUCCCUGAAGCUGCGGAAAGGGGACAUUAUCGGCAUCAUCGAGAAGCCACCUGUGGGCACCUGGACCGGGCUGCUCAACAACAGGGUGGGCUCCUUCAAGUUCAUCUACGUGGAUGUGAUCCCCGAGGAGACAGUCCCUGCCCGCAGGAGCCGGGGCUCCAGCCGGAACAAGCGCCUCAAGCCCAAGACCCUCCACGAGCUGCUGGAGCGCAUCAACCUGCAGGAACACACCCCCACCCUCCUGCUGAACGGCUACCAGACCCUUGAGGACUUCAAGGAGCUGCGGGAGACCCACCUGAACGAGCUGCACAUCACAGACCCCCAGCACCGCGCCAAGCUGCUGACAGCCGCCGAGCUGCUCCUGGACUAUGACAGUAAGGGUCUGGGGGUGGGACAGCCCCGGCCGGGCACGGCAGCUCCACUAACGCCACGGUCCCUCUGCCAGCAGCCAGCGAGCCCGAGGAUGGUGACACCUCCGACGCCCUGCCAUCGCCCUCGGAGCCCAAAGGGGACAUUCCCCGCGACUCCGGCUGCUUCGAGGGAUCAGAGACGCUGGACGGCAGCCGGGAGGAGGCCGAGCUGGGGGGCCCCGAGGAGCAGCUGGGGGCUCUGUCCAUGGCAGGAUCCCCCUGAGACGCCGGCACUGCCGCUUCCCGCUCUGGCCCCAGCGGUGGGGCUGGACUGGAGGGGACGGCUGCUGGAGGGGACAGGGGAGUGCCCGUGGUGGCCCCCGGCUCGGGCCCUGCACCAGAUCCAGGUGCUGGGUGGGCACGAGAUGCCCCAGGAUAUUUUGUAACCUGGGGCAGGGACUCUGGGCACGCCGGGGCACCCUGCUCCCCACCGAGACACCGCAGGCAUUGCCUGCCUUGCCUGCCUUGCCCAGGUUUGCCGGCAGGCUCAGGAAGGGAGCUGGGGAUGGAAGCCGUGUCUGCAGGCACCUGAAGCCUGCCCACGACACUGUCACUUCUCA